UAGUUACUCACAAUUUAAAGUCGAUACAAUAUUUAGCUAUUUAGCUAUUCACACCCGGCUCACCCACCAAUACCCACAGUACGUAGUUAUAGUCCUAAUAACCUCAGUCACAUUUCGGGCAAGUCGCAAUAAUGUCUACUACAACGGAAACGUCUCCGGUCCAAGUCGAGGUUCCCAAGCUAUCUAUCGAUGUUGAGUUCACAGGCGGCUUGGAGAUGCUAUUUUCAGAUCAGCGUCGUCAUUCCAUCUCCAUAUCGGCUGCAAAUAAAGAUGGCAACCCGGCCACGAUUGCUGAUUUGAUCUAUCAUUUAUGUGAAUAUACGAUGAAGGAUGCUCGCAAGGACCUCUUCGUACUCCAAGAUCACCUCCGGCCUGGUAUCCUCGUCCUGAUCAACGACGCAGACUGGGAACUAGAAGGUGAAGAGGCUUAUGAAAUACAAGCAGGGGAUAAUAUCCUAUUUGUCUCUACACUGCAUGGCGGGUAACGCCGCUUCUCUCUGUCCGAACGCCGAAUUACACCGCUACUCGGAAUCUGAAAGCGGCCGUUACAUUCGUCAUAUCUGCAUCACAUCUUGAAAUAGACAGCGAUAGACGGCGAUAGACAGCCUUGGGUGCCUUAGGUGCCUUGGGUAGAACCCAACUUCGUUCAGAUUGGU